AUGGUGGUGGUGGAGGAGGAGCCAACACACAUCGUAGCAACAAUCAAGUCAACAACAACUAUAAUCACAUCACCAUCACCUUCAUCGCCGCCACACUCCACGCCGCUUGCUACGUCGGCCGCGGCGGCGGCGGCGACCACUCUCGACCUCUCCUGCAGCAAGCUGGCCUGGCUUCCGCGGGAGCGAUUCGUCGGCUUCGUGGGCGUGACGGAGCUCGUACUCAACAACAACCGACUGAGCCGCCUGCCUCACGAGCUGUUCGCCCUGCCCAACGUGCGCGUGGCGCGCCUCGAGUUCAACGAACUGGUCGACCUGCCCGCCGAGCUGGGCCAGUGGCGCGCGCUCGAGGUGCUCGUGGUCCACAACAAUCGACUCAAGCGGCUGCCUACGCAGGUCGGACGCCUCCGGCGGCUGCGGCACCUCAACCUGCACUGCAACCAGCUCACCACCCUGCCCACGUCGCUGCUCGAGCUCGACAUCCGCACCAUCACGCUCCACGCCAACCCGGCCCUGUCGGAGAACCUCAAGCGCAUCUGCCAGGCCGUGUUCGCCCUGCGCGAGGACACGCUCGACCUGUCCCACUGCGGGCCGAUCCGCGACCAGGUCGAGGAGCAGGCCCUGGGCUACGCGCGGCUCACGCGCGAGCUCCGGCUCGAGGGCAACGCCCUGCACGCGCUCCCCACGGCCGUGGGCCAGUUCUUCCGCCUGCAGUCGCUCCUGGCCGACGACAACCAGAUCUCGGCCAUACCGGUCCACCUGUGCAAGCUGCCCGCGCUGGCCCGGCUCAGCUUGGCCGACAACCGGCUGGCCAACCUGCCCGCCGAGAUCGGCCUCCUCUCCUCGCUCCGGUCGGUCAACAUGGACAACAACUUCCUCUCGGUCCUGCCCCCCGCCUUCUUCCACCUGGUCAACCUCGAGGGCCUCUCCCUCGCCAACAACAAGAUCGAGAGCGUGUCCGGUGAUAUUGGCAAGUUGAAGAAGCUGCAGAGUAUGAACAUGGCGAACAACAAGAUUCGCACGCUUCCGCAGGAGCUGUUCACGCUCACGCAACUGCAGUCGCUGCACCUGGAGCACAACUCGAUCUCCGUGCUGCCCGACGGCUUCUCCAACCUGCGGCUGCUGCGCGAGGUCAACCUCCACGACAACCUGCUCACCAGCACGCCCGUCCAGCUCUACCAGCUGCCCAACAUCCGCCGCCUCUCGUUCGAGAACAACCCCAUCGCACUCACCACCCACUCGCCGCAGCUCUCCAACUCGCUCUCGUCCAUUCCCUUCGACGCCUCGCUGGCGCCGCGCCAGUCGCCGCAGCGGCUCCAAGUCGUGCACCAGCCCAACCUCUACCUGUUCUCCUUCGGCCAGAAUGCGGCCGGCCGGCCCGCGGCGGCGGCCGGUGGGGUGGCGGGCGGCGAGACCGCGCGCGAGCGGGAGCGCAAGGAGCACGACGGGCCGCGGCGCGACGUCAACGCGCAGCUGGGCAAGCGCAACUCGCUGCCGACGGGCUUUGGCCACGUGAGCGGGUCCGGCCAGACCUAUUUCUCGAAGGCCUGCGAUGUCGAGUACCUGCACCAGCCAUCGCCCUCGCCCUCGUCGUCGUCAUCAUCGGUGCCCGCCAAGCGCAGCCCGUCGACCACCCAGCCACCAGCGACGGCCGACAGCCCACAGGCCCUGCAGCCCGAGGCCGCCGCCGCUGGGGCCUCGCCGAGCGAGAAGGUCAAGAAAACGAAGAAGAAGGGCAAGAAGGAGAAGACGGCGGGCAAGAAGGAGAAGGAGGGGAAGCCGGUCCAGAGGCGCAGCACGGAGGAGGAAGCGGCCGAGGCACACAAGAGGGCGAAGAAGGCGCAGAUCGCACUGGGAGGCUCGGACGCGGAGGAGGCGAAGAAGUCAGCCAGGAGGCGGCAGCAGCAGGUGGCAAUCACAGUCGACGAUAACGACGACGGCGACGACGACGAGAAAUCGAUCCAGCGCUCCCACACCGUGUCCCUCUCCUCACUGCCCGACCUCGUUGGCAAGGAGAGGGGAACGAUCUUUGCCCUGCCGCCCAAGCAUGCGCCCAAGUCCCUGCAACAGGCCAGCCGAGGCCUGCCUCCUCCCAACUUUGCGAAGAAGAACCAGCGGAGCAGGUCGCUGAGUCAGGCGUACAACAUGUCGCCCGUGCAAAAGGAGCAGCUCCUGCAGUACCAGAAGCAGCGGAAGGCCCAGAACAGCGCGACCAAGUCGCCCGGAGGGUCGAUCAAGCGGAAGGGCCUCAAGGAGGCCGUUCCCGAGCAGCAGGUCAUGAACCCGCUCUACCUGCUCUUCUCCCCGCUCUCGUCCACCUCUCCGACCCGGAGAUACGGCACGGUAUCGGGGCGAUCGCUCAACGCCAGCGACAGGGUGGUGUCGUCGUUCGGUCUGGUCGCGCGGCGCAAGCUGAGCCACAAUAACAGCGGCAGCAGCGGCGGCGGCGGCGGAAGCGGCAGUGGCAGUGCCGAUGAGCCGGAGCGGGUGGUCAUCAACCCGCUGCUGCGGCUGCGCACCGACGCGGCCACGCCCGCGCGCGGCCCUGACUCCCCGCUGCCCAUGACCCGGUUCACCACCAGCUCGGGCGCCGCGCCCACCAUCGUCUCGUCCAUGUCGGGUCCCACGACGGCCGUGGCCUCGCCCACGCGGGUGCAGCUGACCGACCGGCCGACUGUAUCGCGAGUUGGCUCGCCCAGUUCGCCGGCGGCGGCGCAGACGCAGCAGCCAAAGAUGGCGGAGAGCACCAAGCGCGCGCUGGCCAAGACCAGCGCGUCGCUGAUCGACACCACCCGCGGGCCGCACGACCCCAACAACGCCGCGGCGAAUGGCGGCGGCGACGGCGCUGACAAUAGCAAGCCGCUCAAGAAGACCUUUUCCUCGCCCGACUUCAACCCCAACAAGCGGCACACCAUCGCGCGGCAGCAGCCGCAGCCGCACAGCAACAACGACGACGACGAGCAGCGCGCGGCCGCGGUGUCAUCGAGCGCCGAGAGCUCGUCGAACGAUGACGAGGACGAUGACGACGAGGAGGGCAACAACAACGGCGGUGGCGGCGGCGAAGAGGGAGAAGAGUACGAGGAGGAAAUCGAGGACGAGGAGGCCGUCGGCGAUGGCGAGCUCCGCGCGGCGCGGCCCGACGGCACGUGGACCACCACGUCGGAGGAGGACCGCGGAACCGACGCCGCGACCGACAUCGAAUCGGGCGGCGGCGGCGACGGCGACGGGAGCGUCUCGUCGAGCAGCAUCCGCAGCGUGCCGGCGCUCAACUUCUCGCCCCUGCAGCAGCGCCUGCCGCAGAGCAGCGACUCGGCCGAGGCGCAGGUCGUCGUGAAUAGGAGCUCCAGCCUUCAGUUCGAGAAACUCUCUUCAUCGAAUCCGGAGAUGGGACGCGCGCGCCGGAAGACGGAUGCGCAGCGACGAGCCAAGAUCGCCCACUUCUUCGGCGAGUAUCCGGCCGAGAUGGCCGACUUGACCGAGGAGGAGUUCUUCAGCGACAACACUGCGCUGGAGGAGGGGAAGCGAAAGCGGCGCGGCAAGGUGGCGAAGGCGGAAGGGGAAGGCAACGCCACCGAUCGGAGCGUUCGACGGGGCGACGACGAGAAGCGGCUGAGCGGCCUGCGCAACUCCACCAAGGAGAAGCGGGCCACCACCCUCCUGCAGCCCGGGUCGGUGACGCCGAGCUGGAACGGGGUGAAGAACAAACGACACCUGUCCAUUCCGUCCAUCUCGCCCGAUGACGGCAUCACGCAAGGCGAAUUCCUGGAGACGAUCUCGAGUCUUCAGAACAACUGUAAUAAGAGAGCGAUCAAGGUCAAGGGGGACCAAAUUAUGUAUGACGACAAGACCGCACAGGACUUGUUCAAGUGGCAAGAAAAGAACUCUGAACUCUUGGCCUCGAACGAUAAGACACCCGUCAAGGGCUACGAUAAGAGCAACAUAAGGGAGAAGAAGAGCAGUAGUCAGUACAAGGGCGAAAGGGAGAAGGAGCCCCAGGCGGAGCUGCGGCCGCGCAAGAGUUCGUUCUUUGACGACAUCCCGGACGAGCAGGAGCUCCAGUUUGUGCACGACGAGAACGGCACCAUGCGGCCCAUGCGCGGCACCCUCGCCAAGCUCGUGCAGCUGCUUGCCCACGAGCAAGGACGAGAUGUCGAGUUCGAGUCCGACUUUUUGUAUUCGUACCGGGACUUCACCGCCCCGGCGGACCUUUUUGAGUGCCUCACGCAGCGAUUCCACAGCGUGGGGCCGAUGACCCACCCCGACACCUACGCAAUCGUGCGCAAGCGAAUAUUGUAUGUGCUGCGACGGUGGAUGGAGCUGCUGCACUACGACUUUGCGGAGAACGACCACGCGCUCUUCCACGCGCUCACCGAGUGGAUGGACACCGUGCCCACCCAAGGCCUCGAGGGCGCCUUCCGCAAGUUCCGGGAAUGGACCGAAGCCAGGUUUAUUCGCAAUCAGGACUAUAUGGAGGAGCGACAAGCGUCGGACGACCGACCGCCGGUCCCUUACUUGCCCAUCAACGUCACUUCCUCCUCUCUCCAUCUGCUCAAUCUCCACCCGGAAGAAGUGGCCAGGCAAAUGACGCUGAUUGAGUCAGAGCUGUUCCGAAAGAUCCAGCCGCACGAGUGGCUCAAUCAGUCGUGGACUCGACCGGACAAGAAGAAGCGGGCGCCGGGCAUCAUGAACAUGAUCCAACGCUUCAACGACAUUUCUGGCUGGCUGGCCACCGAAAUCGUGAGCGCAUCCACAGUAGAGCAUCGCGUGGUACUUGUAAAUAGAUUCCUUGUCAUCGCCAAGAAAUGUUUGGAGCUGAAGAACUUCAACGGCGUGAUGGAGAUCCUGUCGGGGCUGGAGACGGCGUCGGUGCAGCGGCUCAAGCAGACGUGGCACAAUCUGCCGCGCAAGUCGUGGGACAUGUUCGAGGAGCUGACCGACCUCAUGUCGCUGCCGCAGAACUUCAAGAAGUUCCGCCAGCGGCUCAACACGCUCGCGCCGCCGUGCGUGCCCUACAUCGGCAUCUUCCUCAAGGACAUCAUCUUCAUCGAGCAGGGCGCUCAGGAACCCGACGGCCGCAUGAUCAACUUUGAGAAGCGGAUGAUGGUGGCCAAGAUCGUGCGCCAGAUGGUCUCCUUCCAGCCCUACGUCUACAACCUCAUCCCGGUCGAGUUCAUCCAGGAGUUCCUGCUCAGCAUGAAGCCCCUCAACGAAGACGACCUCUACUCCAAGUCGCUCCAGCUCGAGGGCAUCGGCGCGUCGGUCCCAUCGAGCAAGAAGCGCCACAAGUCGUCCAUGUUCCACUUCCCGCUCGGCGGCAACUCGCCGCGACGGCAGCCCCCCUCGGACUACUCCUCGUCGGGCGACGCCUCGUAG